GCUUCCUCCACUCCUGGGCACAAGACGUGGCCCUACCUGGGGUUCGAUGGACCGUGCAGAAGCCAGCGCUCGGCUGCGCAGCAGCUCCCUGGCUAGUUGGAGUCGAGGAGAAAGCCCCCUGGAGCUAGUGUAGGGCACCAUGGAGGAGCCCAGCCUGCGGAAACGCAAAGACGAUGAGAAGUCGACGCAGAAUGAUGAACCCAAGACGACCAGUCUCCAGAAGGAGGUGGGUCUGCUCAGCGGGAUCUGCAUCAUCGUGGGCACCAUCAUCGGCUCUGGCAUCUUCAUCUCCCCCAAGCCUGUGCUUGCCAACACAGAAGCCGUGGGGCCAUGUCUCAUCAUAUGGGCCGCCUGUGGGAUCCUGGCGACGCUGGGUGCCCUGUGCUUUGCCGAGCUUGGCACCAUGAUCACCAAGUCUGGCGGAGAGUACCCCUAUCUGAUGGAGGCCUUUGGCCCCAUCCCUGCCUAUCUCUUCUCCUGGACCAGCUUGAUCGUCAUGAAGCCCUCCUCCUUUGCCAUCAUCUGCCUCAGCUUUUCCGAGUACGUGUGCGCGGCCUUCUAUGCCAGCUGCAAGCCGCCCCACGUGGUCGUGAAGUGCCUGGCUGCCGCGGCCAUACUGGUCCUCACCACGGUGAACGCACUGAGUGUGCGGCUCGGGAGCUACGUGCAAAAUGUCUUCACGGCAGCCAAGCUGGUCAUUGUGGUCAUCAUCAUCGUCAGUGGAAUUGUCCUCCUUGCCCAAGGAAACACAAAGAACUUCGAACAUUCUUUUGAGGGCGGGCAAGUCUCGAUGGGUGCCAUCAGCCUGGCAUUCUAUAAUGGACUCUGGGCAUAUGACGGGUGGAAUCAGCUCAACUACAUCACGGAAGAGCUGAGAAACCCUUACAGAAACUUGCCCCUGGCCAUCAUCAUUGGGAUCCCACUGGUGACAGUGUGUUACAUCCUCAUGAACGUUUCCUACUUUACCGUGAUGACCCCAACGGAGCUCUUACAGUCCCAAGCUGUGGCGGUGACCUUUGGAGACCGCGUUCUCUACCCAGCCUCUUGGGUGGUGCCCCUUUUCGUGGCGUUUUCAACAAUCGGUGCCGCUAAUGGGACCUGCUUCACCACGGGCAGGCUUAUCUACGUGGCAGGCAGGGAAGGCCACAUGCUAAAAGUGCUCUCCUACAUCAGUGUCAAGCGUCUCACGCCCGCCCCCGCCCUCAUCUUUUAUGGCAUCAUCGCCACCAUUUACAUCAUCCCUGGUGACAUCAACUCCUUGGUGAACUAUUUCAGCUUUGCUGCCUGGCUGUUUUAUGGGAUGACCUUCCUAGGGCUCCUUGUGAUGAGGUUCACGAGGAAAGAUCUGGAAAGGCCUAUCAUGGUGCCCAUCGUCAUUCCCAUCCUGGUGACCGUCACCUCUGUGUUCCUGGUCCUGGCCCCAAUCAUCAGUGAGCCAGCAUGGGAGUAUCUCUACUGCGUGUUAUUCAUACUGAGCGGACUGAUAUUUUACUUCCUUUUUGUCUACUACAAGUUCGGAUGGGCUCAGAAAAUCUCCAAGCCGGUCACUAUGCACCUGCAGAUGCUGAUGGAAGUUGUCCCACCGGAGAAGGACCCUGAGUGAUAUGCUCGUCUCCUACAGUCCAAAGCUGUGAUGAACUUAUUCUGUAAACAAUAUUUGUGCUUUUUUUUCUUCUUGAUGCUUUUCUUAAGAAAAAAAUGCAUUCAAGUGUUUGUAUAUUAUUACUGUUUUCAGCCAUCCCUAAUUCUCUUGGUGGAGGACCCAAAUACAAGUGACAGGUAUAUCUAAACACUACCAAGAGAUAAUGCCAAACAAAACACUCAUGGCUCAGGAAGGGCUGCGUAGCCAGCGCCACCGCUGUGAUGGCACUGUUCGAUGAGCAUGUCACACCGUAACGAAGGGUGCAAGUGGGGUGUAGCUCAGCAGCGGGCACCUGCCUAGCGCAUGCAAGACCUUGGGGUUGACUCCCACACUGCAAAAAACACCACUGACGACGACGGUAACAAUACUAGGUGUUCCUUAAACCCAUCAUCAAUAAAGUCUCCUCUUUUAUAUAAA